AUGGAAGGAGAUGGUGAUCGGAUCGAAGAGAGCAUUGUGAGGUUGGUGGGUAGUAGUAGUGAUGGUGGUGGUGUUGGUGAGUCGAGGUGGGUGGAUGGUAGCGAAGUUGACUCAGAGUCACCUCCGUUGUCUUUGCUUGAUGAGAAUGGUAACAGACAAGGAUAUGGAUCUAUGAGGAGGAGGUUGGUAAAGAAGCCCAGGAGAGUUGAUUCUUUUGAUGUUGAAGCCAUGGAGAUUGCUGGUGCCCAUCACCACCACUCCAAGGACCUUUCAGUUUGGCGAAAUCUUUCAUUGGCCUUCCAGACACUUGGUGUGGUGUACGGUGACAUGGGUACAAGCCCUCUUUAUGUCUUUACUGAUGUUUUCAGCAAGGUGCCCAUCAAGUCAGAAGUUGAUGUCUUGGGAGCUUUAUCACUCGUUAUUUACACAAUUGCUCUCAUUCCAUUAGCAAAAUAUGUUUUUAUAGUGCUCAAAGCAAAUGAUAAUGGGGAAGGAGGAACAUUUGCUUUGUACUCACUGAUUUGCAGAUAUGCAAAGGUGAAUAUGUUGCCAAAUCGACAGCCAGCUGAUGAAAAUAUUUCAAGUUUUAGGCUCAAAUUGCCCACUCCAGAACUGGAAAGGGCUUUAAGCAUAAAAGAAACUUUGGAGAAAAGAUCAUCUUUGAAAACACUGCUUUUGCUUUUGGUUCUGACAGGAACUUCCAUGGUCAUAGGAGAUGGUAUUCUAACCCCUGCGAUGUCAGUGAUGUCUGCUGUGAGUGGUCUGCAAGGUGAAAUAUCCGGCUUUGGUACAAAUGCUGUGGUUGCUGUCUCAAUCAUAAUCCUUUUGGGGCUGUUCAGCAUACAGCGGUUUGGAACUGGGAAGGUGGGUUUCUUGUUUGCUCCUGUACUUGCUCUAUGGUUCUUUUCUCUGGGUGCUAUUGGGAUUUACAAUCUAGUGAAGCAUGAUAUCAGUGUUGUCAAGGCAUUCAAUCCAGCUUAUAUCUAUUUCUUCUUCAAGAAGAAUAGUCAUGCUGCUUGGUCAGCUCUUGGUGGUUGUGUUCUGUGCAUUACAGGAGCUGAAGCAAUGUUUGCUGACUUAGGGCAUUUUUCCGUACAAUCCAUACAGAUUGCCUUUAGUUGUGUAGUGUUUCCCUGUCUUCUCUUGGCUUACAUGGGCCAGGCUUCGUAUUUAAUGAAAUUUCCUGACUCUGCAAGCAGAAUAUUCUAUGAUUCUGUUCCAGAAAGCCUGUUCUGGCCAGUGUUUGUAAUUGCUACACUCGCUGCUAUGAUUGCCAGCCAAGCAAUGAUAUCUGCUACGUUCUCAUGUGUUAAGCAAGCAAUGGCUCUUGGAUGCUUCCCAAGGCUGAAGAUAGUUCACACCUCAAGGAAGCUGAUGGGCCAGAUUUAUAUCCCUGUCAUCAAUUAUUUUCUAAUGAUAAUGUGCAUCAUUGUGGUUUCCAUCUUUCGAGAAACCACAGAAAUUGCCAACGCAUAUGGCAUAGCUGAAGUUGGUGUGAUGAUGGUGAGCACCACGCUGGUGACACUCGUGAUGCUUCUAAUUUGGCAGACCAACUUGUUUCUGGCUUUGUGUUUCCCGUUAGUAUUUGGAUCUGUAGAACUCAUUUACCUGUCUGCAGUUUUAUCAAAAAUCUUAGACGGUGGUUGGCUUCCGCUUGUUUUUGCUACGUUCUUCCUAUGCGUGAUGUACACUUGGAAUUAUGGAAGCGUGUUGAAGUACCAGAGUGAGGUAAGAGAGAAGAUUUCCAUGGAUUUUAUGCUUGAGCUUGGCUCCACCCUUGGAACUGUAAGAGUUCCAGGAAUCGGACUGCUGUACAAUGAGCUUGUCCAAGGUGUUCCCUCAAUUUUUGGGCAGUUCCUGCUGAGCCUUCCAGCAAUCCACUCUACUGUAGUAUUUGUUUGCAUCAAAUAUGUCCCCGUCCCUGUAGUCCCUCAAGAGGAAAGGUUUCUUUUCCGAAGAGUUUGCCCAAAGGACUACCACAUGUUCCGCUGUGUUGCCCGAUAUGGUUACAAAGAUGUCAGGAAGGAAGAUCACCAUGUGUUUGAGCAACUUUUGGUUGAAAGCCUUGAGAAGUUUCUGAGAAGAGAGGCUCAAGAUCUUGCCAUUGAGAGUAAUUUGAACGAGUACUUUGAUAAUGCUUCUGAGAGGUCAAGGGAUUCCGGAGCCGCAGGUGGUGAUGGGACCGAGGAACUUAGGAUUCCUUUAAUGGAUGGUCAAAGAUUGGAAGACCCAGGAAGUUCUAUUUCCGAAGGAACUUCCUCAGCGUUGCCCUCAAGUGUUAUUCCCUUGGAUGAAGACCCAAGUCUAGAGUAUGAGCUUUCAGCUCUUCGUGAAGCAAUGGAUUCGGGAUUUACUUAUUUACUGGCUCACGGGGAUGUGAGGGCAAAGAAAAAUUCUUUUUUCCUCAAGAAACUGGUUAUUAACUACUUCUAUGCAUUCUUGAGGAAUAAUUGUAGAGUUGGUGCUGCUAAUCUGAGUGUACCCCACAUGAAUAUCUUGCAAGUGGGGAUGACAUAUAUGGUCUAA